AUGAAAUCAAGCCUAGCCUUCCUCAUCCUUUCUACAGUCACUUUUGGCUUAGAAUAUCAAUCCUGCAGCAAAAUCACCUGCGGCACAGGUACAAAUAAUCAAUGUAUAUACCUUUUCCCCACAAUAAUCCACUAAAAAAUUUCCUUAUUUUCCUACCAUCCCAUUUUAAGAAAAUUUCAUAUCAGUUUAUUCCAAUAAUAACACAGUCGUGGUAACCCCCUGCUCCUCCUCAAACAGCUCAUGCUCUGACAACGACCAAUUUUCCUCCACAACUGGAAACUGAACCUCAGCCACUUGUGAAGCAAAACCAGCUCAAGUGACCUCCACAAGGGACUGCUCAGCAAAUUCCACAACUUUAACAGGAAAAUCCUGCUGCACUGAUUCUAACUGUGUAAGUGGUAGCUGCAGCAGUGGAAUUUGCAAAGGACUUGCAAAUGGUGCCAAUUGUACAGCUGAUGAAGAAUGUCAGCCUGGCUAUUUUUGCAAAAAUUUUACGUCUGGGAAUGGUACGAAUUCUACAAGCUCUAGGACUUGUGCAAGCCUUCUGUCUAGUGGCGAUGCAUGUACUGUUAAUAAUGAAUGCCCUAUUGGAUACGGCUGCAAUAAUUCUACAUGUACCAAGCUUUUUACAAAAGACAUAAAUUCAUCGGUUUCUGAUAAAAUGUUUUGUAAGUCAGAUUUUCAGAGAAAUGGAAAAUGUGAUGGGAUUUUGAUAUAUUCUUGGAAAAAUAUAUAGGGAAAUUUAAUAUAAAAUGCAAAAAAGUUGUAGAGAUAAUUGAAAGGUAUAUACAGAUAAUAGCACUCAGGCCUUGUCAUCUCCGUUUAAAUGUAACUUAGGCGAACAAUGUAAAUAUGUUUAUGCUUCAGAUGGGGUAACUGCAGCUACAGAUUGGUGUCAAUGUGGAGGAGUUGAUAAUAGUGCAGGAUAUUGCGGAAGCUUUGGAAAUGUAUAAGUUUUCCUAUAAAUAUCCUAUAGAUUAUAAGCAAUUUCAGAUAAAUUAGAAUGCUUCAUUUAUUGGAAAUUCAUAUAAUUGGCUUUUGGGAUCAAGUUUUCCCUAAGCUUCAAUACAGUAGCUCUGACUGUUCAGGGAGGUUUUCACAUACUGAUAAUUUUACAGAGUUAUUUAAUUGCAGCUCACUUUCUAGUAGUGAGCAAGAGUAUUUGACGUCGAUGAGUGAUCAAGCUACAUAUUGGACUUUAUAUGAAUCUGAGGCUAUUGAUGCUUGUGUAAACCAGCUUGGGCUAUUCCCUACAAAUGUCAGUUUAAAUUCUAGUGCUAGUGGAGCGAUUAUAUUGGCAAUUUCAGCGAUUUUAUUAAUAUUUGGUUAA